AUGACGAAACCGGUCGGUUGGUGUGCCACGUGGCUUCCGUUGAUCAAAAUCGCGCAGGCGAUCUGCCACUUCAUCGUCAUCAUAAUGUUCAUCGAUGGGCGCGCGCAAUGGUGGAUGUACAACGCCAUCUUCCUAUUCUGUUUUUUGGCCAUUUUCUUCUCACUCUUCACAAUUUUGUUGAGAUUUUUCGAACUCACUGAUCUACACGUCAUGUCGUUCAAUUUUGCGGCAAUGGUGAUGAACUUCAUUCUGAUGGCCGUCUGCUUGGCACUGGCUGGAAUUCUGAUUUGGGAUAUCACAAAUAUGCGGGAUGGACCUGGAAAAAUCAGAUAUCAUCAGAGACUCGCACCCGCUAACAUUGGACAAGACGCAUGGGUUAGACGGUGUGUGGUCGCUGCGCCGCAACUGCAGCCGCCUGUUGUUGUUGUUGUUGUGCAUGGAGUGACGCCAACAAUCCGGGAUUCAAACUCAACAUUUGUUGGAGGUGUUGUUGUUGCAAUUGUUGUUGUUGUUGUUGUUGUAAUUGUUGUUGUUGUUGUUGUAAUUGUUGUUGUGGCUGUUGUUGUUGUUGUUGAGCGGCAACUUGAGCCUGUUGAGCGGCGAGAAGUCGUUGUUGUUGAAUCAAUGCUUCGUAUUGAUUUUGUGUCGGUUGUUGUUGUUGUUGUUGUUGUUGACGACUUGCUUCCUGUUGAGCCUGUUGUUGCUGAGCCGCUUGUUGCUGAGCCGCCGCCUGUUGUUGAGCCUGUUGUUGUUGUUGUUGAGCGGCCGCAACUUGUUGUUGUUGUUGUUGUGCAACUUGUUGUUGCUGAGCAACUUGCAACAUGCGGAUCAAAUCGCUUCCCGCCGGUCCAGCGCUUCCCGACAACAACAAUUGUUGAAUUUGUUGUAAUUGUUGUUGUUGUGCGAGUUGUUGUUGUUGUUGCAAUUGUUGUUGAUGUUGUUGUUGUUGUUGUUGCUGAGCCUGUUGUUGUGCGGCGGCUUGUGCUUGAGCCUGCGCGGCCGCCUGAGCCGCUGCCUGUGCUUGAGCUAUCGCUUGUGCUUGAGCCUGAGCCUGAGCUUGAGCUUCCAGUUGACGGAAUAAAUCGAGUUGUUGUUGUUGUUGUGGAGUCACUGAGGGCGCUGGUUGAGCAGCCGGUUGUCCCGGUUGUUGAAUCGUUGGUUGUUGCAGUUGUUGGAGAUACAUUUGCGGAUUUGACAUCUGCAAAUUUAAUUUUUAUUAAUUUUCAAAUUCUGGGCUCAGAACCCAUGCUUUAA